UUCAUUAUUAUUAUUACUAUUAUUAUUAUACUGAAUUCAGGUAGAAACAGCUAUAGCGCACGCAACAACAUUGACAGAGACAGAUGUAGGCCGCGAAACGUGCCACGUGGUCACUUCCUCUCUGGUGGAAAACAUCAAAGGAUCGCCAGAUCAAAGCGAACCGCAGAAACAGGCACCUGAAUUCUGGGAUACUUCUGUGGGACGGUUCCGCUUUACACUGGCUGAUCUGCCACCGCAGCUUCGACUUAUUCAUUCCAUCUUGACGAAUUUGGGGAACGAGCGUGAGGCCGAUGUGCAUUACUUCAUGCUGUCAACGGUCAAACUCCUCUGCUUGCACUGCGAAUCGCUGCUAAACGCCCGCCGUGAACAUCGUGGAUUCUUGAUCUGGGCACAGGAGAAUCUGCUCAUCCCGAAACUUUGGCCCUCGCCGAGUUGGUAA